AAAACCUAAAGCCGUCAAAAUGGUUGAAUGGUCAGACUUCGAGCGCGCCACCAUCCAGGAAAUCUUCUCCAACAUGGAGUAUGAGGUCGUGGGCCCUGCAGCUCUUUCCAGGUGUCUGGUCGUCUACCCCUGGACUCAGAGGUAUUUUGGUAACUUUGGAAACCUCUACAACGCUUCUGCUAUCAUUGGAAAUCCAAUGGUUGCUAAACACGGAACAACUAUCCUCCACGGUCUGGACCGGGGAGUGAAGAACAUGGACAACAUCAAGGAAACCUACGCCGAGCUGAGCGUGCUGCACUCAGAGAAACUGCACGUGGACCCCGACAACUUCAGGCUCCUGUCUGACUGCCUGACCAUUGUGGUUGCUGGUCGGUUGGGUAAUGCCUUCACUGGUGAAAAGCAGGCAGCUUUCCAGAAGUUCCUGACCGUGGUGGUGUCCUCUCUGGGAAGGCAGUACCACUAGAGAGCUGCAACAGAAGACCAUCACAUGCUGAUCAUUAAAAGCUCUUUGUUUUUGUCUCAAAAGCAAA